AUGAAUUUGCUCUUCUAUGAAGAACCGUUAAACAUAAUAAAAUUAGAAAAUUUUCAAGAAGAAAUAGGCAUUAUUAAAAGUAUCUUGGAGAAAAAAAAUGAUUCAAUUAAUUCUUGUAAAAGGUAUGUCUGUGAAUGCUAUAAAAUUUAUAUGGAAAUGAAUGAGAGACAUUGUCUCAAUGAAGAUUUAACUAAUAGUAAGGUAAAAAGUACUUGUGAUAAAUUGAUUGAAUUUGUGUUAUCAUACAUGGCAGAUCUUUUUGGCAAAGACGGAGUAAAAUAUAAUAUACCAUCAUUUCCGUCUAGUAAUAUUCAAUAUGUUAACAAAUGUGAAUUAACCUUAAACAGCGAAGUGCCAAUUUCCACUUACCAGGAGAGUUCCGUUAAUCCUAAAAAAAGUAUUGUAACAGGUACUCUUGGUACAAUGGCUGGAGUAUCUUCCGUAAUGGCGUUAUUAUAUAAGGUUAUCACAAAUUUUUAUUUAAAUAUGUGA